AUGGUCUUCACCGAUCUCCUCCUGAACGACAGCACCCCGGAACUUCGAAAGUUCCCCUUCGGCGUGUUGGCCGCGCAGCCCGAGGAGGUGGCAGCCGACCUUGUCCCCAAGAUCAUCAACGUCAGCGGCAACGGCAAGUCGGUUGAGUUCCUGACAGUGGACAAGAUUCUCACCAAGUUCUUUCAGAGGUUUAUCCUUGGCGAGAAGUCCAAGUACAUCGAUGAUGAUGGGAACGUGAUCAAAAUGCCUGGUGCGGACUAUGCGGACAAUGGCGUGCGGGUCCUUUACAACGAUAUGAAGUGA